GUGUAACACCUCUCUCUUUCUCUCUUCAAAAUCGAAAUUCUGAAUUCUGUCCAUUUUCACUCGCGAAUUAUCACGGUAGAAAUAACAGGACAAUUACCCAACAUUUAAUAGAAAAAACUGCGUUAACUUCAAUACAUUACCUCCUACCAAUAUCAAUUGAUCCCUUUAAUUCUUCAUAUUCUUCCUCAAGUCAAACUUCUCAUCGUCAUCAUACUUUUUUGUUUUCUUUUGUGGAAUUUUUUGAUAACUUGUUAAUGAAUCACUUCUUUCCAGGUAUUUUUCUAGCAGCAUGCUUAAUAGUUUUGAGCGUCAUUCGAUCCCGCCCACAGAUACUAUGAUUUCUAGCCAAAUAUUCAUCUGGGUAGUUUUCUUUUUAGUCCUUUCAUCAGCUGCAGAAGCAAAUAAUUGUAAUCGAUCUUGUGGAGAAGUGGAAAACAAAGUGCCUUACCCAUUUGGAUUUUCUGACGGUUGUAAAAUCAAGUUAAAUUGUAGUGAAAACGAGAUCCAUAUAGGCGAUUUUUUGGUCCAGAGUUUAACGUCGGAUAGUAUCUUGGUUAGUCUUCCGGCAACAUGCAACCGUUCGAUUGAUGCACUCAAUCCACUAUUCGGUACAAACUUUGCGGUUACUGGACGAAAUGGACUUCUGCUGCGGAACUGCAGCCAGCCGGUCGAUGAUUUUACCAUUCCCAGUAACUUGAUUAAUUCCUUUUUCAACACUGAUGGGUGCGAUUUUGAGGAUAGAAACAGUAGUGAUAAUUAUAAUCACAAUAUAAGUUAUUAUGCAGAGGCAAAAGAUGGUUAUGUGGAGUUUUCGAACUAUGAAAAUAUUAGAGAAAGGGGUCAUUGCAGCUUUUUAUUUUCGUCGAUCAUGGUGAAUUGGAAUCAGAAUGGAAAUAAUAGUUCCAUUAUUGUAACUGAGAACUCCUCUAUGCCGGUGGAGGUGCAGGCUCAGAAGGUGGAGCUCGGGUGGUGGCUGCCGGGCGUCUGCAAUUGUGAUCCAAAUGCUAACUGUACACCGGUUAAUGGGACUGGGUUUCGUUGCAAGUGUCAAAAAGGAUAUUCCGGGGACGGUUUCGCCGAAGGGGAAGGUUGCAAGAGAGUUUCUGGAACCAAAGUUGGCUUUCUCAUUGGAGGGAUCGUUGCUGGAGCUUCUUUAGUGACUGCUGUGGCUUUCAUGUGCUACUGCAAAAAGAAACGUUCUGCGUCUCUGAGGAGCCAAUCAAGUACUAGGCAACUGCUCAGCGAGGCAGCAGGCAACUCCAGUGUAUCCCUCUAUCCUUAUAAAGAAAUUGAGCGAGCAACAAACGUCUUUUCUGAAAAACAAAGGCUGGGAACGGGUGCCUAUGGCACUGUUUAUGCAGGAAAGCUCCACAAUCAUGAGUGGGUUGCAAUUAAGAAAAUGAGACAUCAAGAUCACGACGGCAUUGAACAAGUAUUGAAUGAAAUCAAGCUUCUGUCCUCUCUGAGUCAUCCAAAUUUAGUCCGCCUUUUAGGUUGCUGUAUCGAGAAUGGUGAAGAGAUUCUUGUUUACGAAUAUAUGCCAAAUGGAACUCUAUCCCAGCAUCUUCAAAGAGAAAGGGGAUUGGUAUUGUCAUGGAAUAUUCGUCUGACCAUUGCUGCUGAAACAGCUCAUGCAAUUGCUCACCUUCAUUCAGCAAUGAAUCCUCCAAUAUACCACAGAGACAUUAAAUCUAGUAAUAUACUCCUAGAUUUCAAUUUCAAAGCAAAAGUGGCUGACUUUGGUCUUUCAAGAUUUGGCAUGACAGAUGAUUCCCACGUUUCCACAGCACCACAAGGGACGCCUGGCUAUGUUGAUCCUCAGUACCAUCAAAACUUCUAUCUUUCAGACAAAAGCGAUGUUUACAGUUUCGGGGUGGUUCUUGUAGAAAUCAUUACAGCAAUGAAAGUAGUUGACUUUUCUCGACCUCACAGCGAGAUUAACUUGGCUGCACUCGCAAGUGAUAGGAUUGGGAAAGGCCGUGUUGAUGAGAUAAUAGAUCCACUCCUAGAGCCAAAUAGAGAUGCUUGGACACUCUCAUCCAUUCACAAAGUGGCAGAACUGGCUUUUAGAUGUCUUGCAUUUCACCACGACAUGAGACCCUCAAUGAUGGAAGUAGCAGACGAACUAGAACAGAUCAGGAUCAGCAGCUGGGCACCAUCGGAUGAAAAUGUAUGUACGGGAUCAUCAGUUACAUCCUUGAGCUCAUCACUGCACAAUGGAAGUGAGCAAUCAGUGAAUGCUACAGCAAAGAAGGCAAGUGCAGGAAGUCAGAGAUUGAUUGGUCUGCAGAGGACAGAUGCCGGCUUGGCUACAAUGGAGGAAAAAGACAGUUCUCCGGUUUCUGUCCAUGAUCCUUGGUUGAGCGAGCGAAGCUCACCACCAUCAACAAAUAGCUUAUAAGGUAAUGUAGUUCAAUGACCAUAGAACUAUUUCUUUCAAUCUUAGCUUCUUAUGUAUACAGUACAGACAUGCGUGGAUGCAUGUUUUGAGUACAGAAAAGUUGUCAUAUUAAACCACCAUGUUUCUGUAUUUGACUUUCGAACCUUGCUUUCAUGCUACAUAUGAGAGAUUUCAUCACCGUGCUAAGCAUUUGUUGGGAAUUAUGGUACAUUACUUGUAUUUAAGAAAUAGCAAUUUGAUUAUCAACUUUUUAUUAUUA